AUGGCCUUCGUGACCUUCUGCGGGCUGAGGACGGGGGACCUGAGGCUGAUCGCUAGGACUGUGCUGCCGAAAAUUUUCUUGGAGAACCUCCAUCUACAUGCAUGCGAGGUGCUGAAAGGGAGGCGAGCUGUUGUGCUCACCACCUUGCCGAGGCUCAUGGUGGAGGGAUUCUUGAAGGAGUACUUAGAGGUGGGGGAGGUGGUGGGGGCGGAGCUGCAUGUGGUGAAGGGCUGCUACUUCACGGGGGUCAUCUCUUGGCCUGACAAACAGAGAGCUCUCAGGGACAUGGUCAAGGCCGGUGCGACCAUUGUGAACCUCUCCAAUGUCCACCACCACCAACUCUCGGCCAAGGAAAUUUAUGUCGUGAGAGAGGAGGAAUCAAGGAGUGAGAGCAGCAAAAUGCCGAGAAACAAGUACCCGAAGCCACUUGUGUUCCAUGACGGAAGACUGGCUUUUCUCCCGACGCCAUGCGAGAUGAUGGCGUUCUUCAUGUGGAUACCCGUGGCAAUCCCUUUGGCCGUGUUCAGGAUCGCGAUGGGGAUCGUUUUCCCUUAUAAAAUAUCCAUCUUCAUCGCCGUCGUCACCGGAAUCCGAUUCCGGAGGGCCGGAGAUGGGAAAGCGAACGGGGAGAAGAAGGGGGUGGUGUACGUGUGCACGCACCGGACGCUGUUGGACCCGGUGAUGCUGUGCUCGGCGCUGGAGAGGACGGUGCCGGCCGUGACGUACAGCCUGAGCCGGGUGUCGGAGGCGUUGGCGCCGAUGCGGACUGUGCGGCUGACCCGGGACAGGGGACGAGACGCGGCGACUGCUGGCGGUGGCGGGGGGCCUGGCGGUGUGCCCGGAGGGGACGACGUGCCGGGAGCCGUACCUGCUGCGGUUCAACCCGCUGUUCGUGGAGGUGGCGGAGGAGGUGGUACCGGUGGCUCUGGACGCGCGGGUGGGAAUGCUGCAGCUAAUCAUCGUUGA